CAAUCACAGGGCACAUAUAGACAAACAACCAUUCACACUCACAUUCAUACCUAUGGACAAUUUGGAGUGGCCAAUUAACCUAGCAUGUUUUUUGGAAUGUGGGAGGAAACCGGAGUACCCGGAGAAAACCCACGCAUGCACGGGGAGGACUUCAAGACUUCAGGGAAACCCUGGAAAUCAUCCCUCUAUCGACAGAUGAUGUGAUUGAACCUCACAGGAUUUGCGUGUGUGUCCGUAAACGACCCCUGAACAAGCAAGAGCUCAAUCGAAAGGAGAUCGAUGUGGUCUCUGUACCCGGAAGAGGUGGCCUGCUGGUCCACGAGCCAAAGCAGAAAGUGGACCUCACCAAGUACUUGGACAAUCAAAUCUUCCGGUUCGACUACUCCUUUGAUGAAACAGCCACCAAUGACUUGGUCUACAGGCUUUUGUUGCAGGUUUCCAAUCCGGAAGUAGAGACUGGACAGUACGAUGUUUCUCAAGAAAAGAGGUUACUUCAUGACGUCUCUCAAUGUACAACCAGAAAGAGCGACAAUGGAGUCCAGGCUGUCUCGACUGCUUGUUGGACAUUCGGUGCAGAUCAGUCGCAGCGAUGGCCGCGUCCACCUUGCAACGGUGAAGUCUGUGGAUAACGUCAAGUCCACUGUCAUGACUGAGUGGAAGGAGUUAGAUACGUAUCGAGGGAAGGAGGUUGAUGUGGGGGAGUUAUGUAUACUCAAUCCAGAGCUGCUGCCCAAAAUACAAGAUGUCAUGAACAAACCAGCUCAGCCACCCAGCCCUCCUCCAGAGAAAAAGUACGAGGGUCGACUACGCUCAUCGAGGAUUCCUGGCCCGCCCUCCUCCUCAACUACAGCAGUGACCAAGGCUGACAUGUCAGUUUUAAGCCGGCCUCAGGUCAGGCAGACUUGCAGAUUCCAGUCCCGGGCUCUUGUCGCUCAGCGGGGCUCAUCUUCGGACGAACCAACUGAGAUGGUCGCCUCUGGACCUCCCACUUCAUUGGUCCUCACAAACUCUGUGAUUCGGAAUGAUCAAAAGGACGCUAAAGCAGCCACGUCGCUGCCUUUUGUCAGAGAGGCUAUAAAGGAAAAUGAUGAACCGGUGAAGAAUCCUCCAUCCUCUGCUAAAGGCAGAAGGAAGACCGUGGCUCCUCAAGAGCUCAACAAAGGCAACAAAAGACUGUCUUGCAUUGUCAAACCCACUGAAAUUCAGACCAAGAAGGGCAAGUUCAAAGAGGCGUCGCGGCCCAACCAGAAAUUCUACGAAAUGAUCCAAGACUUCAGGGAAACCCUGGAAAUCAUCCCUCUAUCGACAGAUGAUGUGAUUGAACCUCACAGGAUUUGCGUGUGUGUCCGUAAACGACCAUUGAACAAGCAAGAGCUCAAUCGAAAGGAGAUCGAUGUGGUCUCUGUACCCGGAAGAGGUGGCCUGCUGGUCCACGAGCCAAAGCAGAAAGUGGACCUCACCAAGUACUUGGACAAUCAAAUCUUCCGGUUCGACUACUCCUUUGAUGAAACAGCCACCAAUGACUUGGUCUACAGGUUCACUGCAAAACCUUUGGUGCAGUCUAUCUUCGAAGGUGGUAUGGCCACAUGUUUUGCCUACGGUCAGACAGGAAGUGGGAAGACGCAUACAAUGGGAGGUGAUUUUUCAGGCAAGCAGCAGAACUGCGCCAAGGGAAUCUACGCUUUAGCAGCUCAGGAUGUGUUCGCCUGUCUCGGUCGCAGGAGGUAUGCCGACCAGGAUCUGUCUGUCUACGUCAGCUUCUUUGAGAUCUACAACGGCAAAGUAUAUGACCUGCUAAAUAAGAAGGCCAAGCUCCGUGUGCUGGAGGACGAGCGUCAGCAGGUACAAGUCGUGGGCCUGGAGGAGGUCUAUGUGUCCACAGCGGAUGAGGUCAUAAAGAUGAUCCAGCAAGGCAGUGCAGCGAGGACAUUUGGCCAAACCUCGGCCAACGCCAACUCCUCGCGCUCCCACGCCGUCCUCCAGAUUGUCCUCAGACGCAACAACCGCACCAACACACUGCACGGCAAGUUCUCCCUGGUCGACUUGGCCGGCAAUGAGCGCGGCACGGAUGUCAGCAGCAAUGACCGCGCCACUUUGGUGGAGACGGCCGAGAUCAACCGCAGUCUCUUGGCUCUAAAGGAGUGCAUCCGGUCACUUGGCAUGAACAGUGAUCACAUUCCUUUCAGGAUGAGCACUUUGACCAAGGUCCUUCGGGAUUCCUUUAUUGGAGAGAAUUCCAGGAUCUGCAUGAUCGCUAUGGUGUCCCCAGGAAUGGCUUCAUGUGAAUAUACAAUGAACACACUACGUUACGCUGACAGAGUGAAGGAGUUGAAUGGUAAUUCCAAAGUCAGCGGAGAGGCCAAAGUUCAGGAACCUGUCGACUGCUCUUCAGAGGAGGACGCUGUUGUGGACAGGAGCAUGUACGACGCCAUAAGCCAUGUGGCAGAACUGGAGGAGAACGUUUAUGCCGAGCUUCAGAGGGCCACUGAGCUGGUAAAGGCAAUGGAGCAAACUUCUUAUAACAUCGAGGCAGGACUCCCACACCUGAUGGACUACUCUCAGAAGUUAUUGGACACUGUCCUGGCAUUGCAGACCGCUGUAGCAGACGAGAGAAAGGCAAGGCUCAACCACUGAGUCGUAAAUCAACAUCAAUGGCUUUAGAUGCAAUUACUUGAUGGAUUUAUUGUUUUGUGUAUUAAAUGAAUGGAAUGCAAGCACUAACUAAAAUGUUCCAUACAUUUUGCAGCACACUGCAACUGUGGGGGUAACAAUUGCAACUGUUUUGGUAUUGGUUUGAGUUUAAGGUUUUUAUAUAUAAAUGUGAAAUUCAUAAAAUGUAUCCUAAAUAAAGAUUUUCCUCGUGUCUGAACAAUUUAGUCAUGUACACAUUUUGUGAAAAGUUUCUAACUUCGUAUAGUCAAAAGUUAAUUGCUACAUCUGCCUGAUACUAUUGUGUAACUUUAUUUUUUUUUGACAAAUGUUUUAUUUUAACCGUUUUAUAACUGUAUGUCUG